AUGGAAUAAUAAAUAAGUAUUCUUAAGAAAAAUUUUAAGAGCUAUUAUAAAGAGUUAUCAUAAAUUAAUAUUAAAUUAUUUCAAUAGGAAGACUAUCUAUAUGAAUGGAAGGAAGAUUUGUAUGAGGUGUUAGCUUCCUUAAAAGAUAUUGAUGAAUAAAUAUUUACUGAGAUUACCAAAAUGUUAAGAAAGGAAAAAAAAACAAAUUGUAUUGAAUUUCUUUAAGCGGGUUGUGAUAAAAAAUAUUUACAAUAAAGCUGUUUUUAGGAUGAAUUAUCAUCUCCAUAGUUGUUUAAGAAUUUAAACAACAAAUUUAUGUAUAUUGCUAAUAGCUUGAAAAACAUACUUUAGACUGACUUAAAUAAAAAGAAUUAUUAUUACAAAACUGGCAAGGAAUAGAGAUAUGGUCUAAUUACUAAAAUAUCUAAAGAAAAGAAUCUACUCCAAUUUCUGAAAUUUUUAGUUGAACUUACUUCUUUAGAUUAUUAAUUCGUUUAAUGCGGAUCAAAUUCUCUGAGUUUAUUAGUUGAGAUGGAGGUUGAUAUUAAGAACUAAAAUUUUAAGGGCAUAAAGAUUAAAAAUACCUCUUUAAUUGGAGCAAAUUUUUUUAAAUGCAAUCUUAGCAAAUCAGAAUUUGAUACGGUAGUCAUUAAUGGAAUUAAUUUGAAUGAUGCAUAAUUAUUUAAUUGUAAAUGGAAGAACGAGAAUAAUAUAUAUUAGAUGGGCAUAGCAGGCACUAUAAUAGCAUCAGGUAGUGAUGAUAAUUCUGUUCGAAUAUGGGAUGCUAAGACAGGAUAAUUAACGAAGGCCAAAUUUAAUAAUCAUACCGGCGCUGUCAGAUCUGUAUGCUUCUCUCCAGAUGGUAAUACAUUAGCAUCAGGAAGUUGUGAUUUCUCAAUGUACUUAUUGGAUGUUAAGACAGGUUUAAAAAAAUCCAAAUUAAAGGCUCAUACAAAUUGGGUUUAAUCUUUAUGUUUCUCUCCUAAUGGUAAAACCUUAGCAUCCAGUAGUAAUGAUAACUCUAUACGUUUGUGGGAUCUUAAUUCAGCACAAUAGAAAUCGAAAUUAGACAUUCUGAAUGAAAUUGCCUAUUCAAUAUGUUUCUCUCCUGAUGGCGCGGCAUUGCUCCAUCUGUUUCUUGGGAUAUUGAGUCAGAGUAAAGAAAGUCAUAGUUCAAUGGCCAUCUAAAAGCUAUCUUGUCUAUAUGUUACUCCCGCAAAUGGUACUUUAUUAGCAUCUGGAGGUGCGGAUAAAUUUAUCUGUUUAUGGGACAUUAUAUUAGAAAGGUAAAAAUUUAAAUUAGAUGGUCAUUCUUAAGCAGUCCUAUCAGUGUGUUUCUCUCCUGAUGGUAUGAUAUUAGCAUCUGGUAGUAUGGAUACAACUGUUAUAUUAUGGGAUAUUAAAACAGGAAAUUAAAAAUCUAAUCUAAUUGGUCAUGAAGAAUCUAUAUAUUCAGUAUGUUUCUCACCAAAUGGAAGCACACUAGUAUCCAGUAGUGUCGAUAAGUCCAUCCGUUUAUGGGAAAUUUAAAUCUCAAAAUCUAAAUCAAAAGUAAGUGGCAAUAUGAGAUAAAGUUCUUAAGUGUGCUUUUCUUCUGAUGGUUUUACAUUAGCCUCUGUUAAUGAGGAUAAUGCUGUCAUUUUAUGGAAUGUAAAAACAGGGCAAGAAAAAGCAAAUUUAGUGGGACAUAACAGUAAUGUACGAUCAGUAUGCUUUUCUCCAGGAAGGGGAGGUUAUGUGGGUCCG